UGUGAGGAGCACAAAGGAAGCCGAUGUUACUGGACAGUAAAGUUAUAAAGGAGUAAGAUGUACUGGACGAGAAGAGUAAAGCAUUUGGGCCACAAGAGAUCUCAAAGCUCUUCACUUAUGCAGUAGAUGAAGGAUGGAAGGUAAGAAUGUGGAUGCAGGAAAAACCAGGUAAGGACAGGCUUUGGAAGGCAGAGGAUUUUACAUUUGUGCCUGGAGGAGUUGACUAAGAAGGUGAUGCGGUCGGGCCUGUGCUGUAGGAUGAUCGCUUUGACACUGUAGUAGGGGAUGGACUCAAGUAGUGAGAAGGCAGAUUGACCAGCAGUUACUACCCCAGUACAGGGGUGAGGAGAGGAGGGCUGCCCAGGGUAGUGUAAGUGUCCCAGAGGCUUGGGGGGGUGAGAGUGAGGAAGGAAGGAUGAUAUCUAGCUCUGGAUACUGGGUGACUGGGAGGGGGGGUACCUUUGCCCAUGAGAGGCAAGUUCAGGAGGAUGGAGGAGAAGAUGGGCUGAGUCUAAGAUGACUACAAGCCACGCAGCUGCAGAUGUCCAAGAGACAUCUGGGGAUCCCAGUCUGGAGAACCAGAGGCAUGGACAGAUGCAGGCCUAGGGCUGACAAAGAGACGUUACAGAGCACCCCCGGAAGCUCCGGCAAAGCAGAUGCUCGGUCAGGGGCGGGGGUGGGAGGAGGGGGGGAGAAGCCACAGGAAGCCGUGGCGGGAAGGAGGAGGGGGCAGGGUCACUUAAUCCCAAAGGCCGGAGGGGCUUUCAGAGCUGACACUGGAAGGGAUUUUAGGAUCAUCCAGCCCAACGCCCUCAUUUUACAAAUGAAGAAGCCGAGGCUCGGGGAGACCCCUCCGGAUUCUGCUCGCCCUCUUUAGAAAUAAGGACGCUGAGAAGCUUUUUCCCCGAGCUCAUGUUUGACCGUCCUGAGAAGGAAGAUCAGCUUGGAGGAGGAUGGAUGCCAAAGCUUGGAACUGUUUGUUACAGCACAAGGAAGCCCUGGAAAGAGACAUCAAGACUUCCUACCUCAUGGAUCACAUGAUUUCUGAUCGAGCUCUUAGUUUAUCAGAGGAGGAGAAAAUAAGAGAUCAGCCUACCCAAAAGAAGAGAGCAGCUAUGCUGAUUAGGGUGUUACUUGAAAAAGAUAAUAAUUCAUACAUAUCUUUCUACAAUGCUCUGCUACAUGAAGGUUACAAAGAUUUGGCUUUCCUUCUUCAAGACGGUAUCCCUCUUAGUUCCCAUAAUGGAAAAGAUUCAGCAGAUGGGGUGACUUCAUAUGUGAAAACAGUGUUGUGUGAAGGUGGUGUACCGCAGAGGCCUGUUGUGUUUGUGACCAGGAAGAAGCUGGUGAAGUCGAUCCAGGAAAAGCUUUAUAAGCUUGAUGGUGAACCUGGAUGGGUCACAGUCUAUGGAAUGGCAGGUUGUGGGAAAUCUGUCCUAGCUGCAGAAGCUGUCCGGGACCACAGUCUCUUACAGACAUGCUUUCCAGGAGGUGUGCAUUGGGUCUCCAUUGGCAAACAAGACAAAUCUGGGCUCCUGAUGAAACUCCAGAAUCUGUGCACAAGACUGGACCAGGAUGGUGCUUUUUCCCAGAGACUCCCAUUGAACCUUGAAGAAGCCAAAGACCGCCUUCAUUUCUUGAUGCUACGCAAGUGCCCAAGGUCUCUUUUGAUCUUGGACGACAUAUGGGAUUCGUGGGUGCUAAAAGCUUUUGACAAUCACCAUCAGAUCCUUCUCACCAGUAGAGAUAAAAGUGUGACCGACUCAGUGAUGGGUCCCAAAUAUGUAGUCCCUGUGGAGAGUGGCUUAAGAAAAGAGAAAGGAUUGGAAAUCUUGUCGCUCUUUGUUAAUAUGAAAAAAACAGAUCUGCCCGAACAAGCUCAUAGCAUCGUGAGGGAGUGCAAAGGUUCCCCUCUUGUAGUGUCUUUAAUUGGUGCCCUAUUACGUGAUUUCCCCAAUCGGUGGGGAUACUACCUCAGGCAACUUCAGAACAAGCAGUUUAAAAGAAUUAGGAAGUCUUCAUCUUAUGACUAUGAAGCCCUGGAUGAAGCCAUGUCCAUAAGUGUGGAAAGACUGAAUGAAGCCCUCCAGAAGUAUUAUAAGGACCUUUCCAUCCUGCAGAAGGAUGUAAGAGUACCUACUAAGGUAUUAUGUAUUCUUUGGGACAUGGAGACUGAAGAAGUUGAAGACAUCCUACAAGAAUUCAUUAAUAAAUCCCUCCUGUUUUAUGACCGAAAUGGAAAAUCAUUCCAUUAUUAUUUACAUGAUCUUCAGGUCGAUUUCCUCAUGGAGAAGAACCGUGACCAGCUCCAGGAAUUGCACAAAAAGGUUGUGACUCAGUUCCAGAGAUAUUAUAAGGUGCACUCUCUUGCUUCUGACCAAGAAGACUCCAUGUACUGGUACAACUUUCUGGUGUAUCACAUGGCGAAUGCCAACAUGCGCCAAGAGCUUUGUGAUCUAUUGUUUUCCCUGGAUUGGAUUAAAGCAAAGACUGAGCUUGUGGGACCUGCUCAUCUGAUACAUGAGUUUAUGCAAUAUAGCCAUCUAUUGGAUAAGAAGGAUUGCACCAUUCGUGAGAAUUUUCAAGAAUUUUUAUCUCUCAAUGGACACCUUCUUGGACGCCAGCCAUUUCCCAAUAUUGUGCAGCUAGGUCUCUGUGAGCCCGAAACUUCUGAAAUAUAUCGGCAAGCCAAAUUACGAGCCAAGCAGGAGGUCGACAAAGGGAGGCUUUACUUGGAAUGGAUAAACAAAAAAAACAUCAAGAAACUCUCCCGUUUAGUUGUCCGCCCCCACACAGAUGCUGUUUACCACGCCUGCUUUUCAGAGGAUGGGCAGAGGAUUGCUUCCUGUGGUGCUGAUAAAACCUUACAGGUCCUGAAAGCAGAAACAGGAGAGAGGCUCCUGGAAAUCGAGGCUCACGAAGAUGAUGUGCUUUGUUGUGCUUUCUCCAAGGAUGAUAGAUUCAUAGCGACCUGUUCAGUGGAUAAGAAAGUAAAGAUUUGGAAUUCAAGGACUGGAGAUCUGGUACACACCUAUGAUGAGCACACCGAGCAGGUCAACUGCUGUCACUUUACCAAUAUGGAGCAUCACCUUCUCUUAGCCACUGGCUCCAAUGACUACUUCCUCAAACUCUGGGAUCUGAAUAAGAAGGAGUGUCGGAAUACCCUGUUUGGUCAUGCAAAUUCUGUGAACCACUGCCGAUUCUCACCGGACGAUAAAUAUUUGGUCAGCUGCUCAGCAGAUGGAACGUUGAAGCUUUGGGAUGUGCGUUCAGCCAAUGAAUGGAGUAGCAUUGAUGUGAGGCAGCACUUCUUGAAUUCUGAUGGACGUCAGGAAGAUGUGGAGGUGAUGGUGAAAUGUUGCUCCUGGUCCAGCGAUGGGAUGCGAGUGAUGGCAGCUGCUGCCAACAGGCUCUUGGUUUUUGAUGUUCAUAGCAGGAAUCUGGUAGGACAAAUCCAUACUGGUUAUAGCAGCACCAUCCGGUACUGUGAUUUCUUUCCCAAGAGUCACCUUGCUGUGGUAGCCCUGUCCCACUACUGUGUGGAGUUAUGGAAUAUGGAUACGGGUAUAAAAGUUGCAGAUUGUCGAGGACACCUGAGUUGGGUUCACUGUGUAGCAUUUUCUCCUGAUGGAUCUUCAUUUUUAACGGCUUCUGAUGAUGAAACAAUCAGGCUCUGGGAGACAAAGAAAGUAUGUAAGAAUUCUGCUGUCAUGUUAAAGCAGGAAGUAGAUGUUGUAUUCCGAGAGGAUGAAGUGAUGAUUCUUGCAAUUGACAACGUAAGACGCCUGCAACUAAUUAAUGGGAAAACAGGUCAUACCGAUUAUCUGACUGAAGCCCAGAAAUCUCGAAUUAGCUGCUGUUGUCUGAGUCCAGACCUGCGCUAUGUGGCAUUAGGAGAAGAGGAUGGGUCUGUAAAGAUUUUAGAGCUCCCCAAUGGAAGAGAGUUUCGAUCUCGAAUGGGACAUGAGAAAGCUGUACGACGUGUCCAGUUCACUUCGGAUGGGAGGACCCUUAUUUCAAGCUCAGAUGAUUCUACAGUUCAGGUGUGGAACUGGCAUUCAGAGGAAUUUGUAUUUCUUAAAGCUCACCAAGAACCCGUGAAGGACUUUAGGCUCCUGCAGAAUUCUCAGCUCCUGACCUGGUCAUUUGAUGGUACAGUGAAGGUUUGGAAUAUCCUUACUGGCAAAGUAGAGAAGGACUUUGUUUGCCACCAAGGUACUGUUUUGUCUUGUGAUAUUUCUCCCGACGCCACCAAAUUUUCAUCUGCCUCUGCUGACAAGACUGCAAAGAUUUGGAGCUUUGAGAGCCAUUCCCCUCUCCACGAGCUGAGGGGUCAUGAAGGCUGUGUGCGGUGCUCUGUCUUCUCUGGGGAUAGUGCCCUCCUGGCCACGGGAGAUGACAAUGGAGAAAUCCGGAUAUGGAAUGUGUCCACUGGCCAGCGGCUUCAUUCCUGUGUCCCUGUGACUGUGGAGAAAGGAGAGACAGCCUUCGUGGGCUGGGUGACCGACCUCCGCUUCUCUCCUGAUAGCAGAACGCUGGUGUCUGCGGGGGCCUAUCUGAAGUGGUGGAACGUGGACACCGGUGAAUCGUUACAGACCUUCUACACAAAUGGAACCAACCUCAAGACCAUACACGUGUCUCCUAGUUUCAAAACAUAUGUGACUGUUGAUAAUCUUGGAAUUUUAUAUGUACUCCAAGCUUUAGAAUGAUAUUGUUCUGCCCAGUGUAAGUAAGCCAUCUGUGACUGCUUGUGGCUAGAUGGAAUGGCGGGUGGGGAUGUCCCAAUCAGACUCUGUAUGUCAAGGAUACUAAACUGUGAAUCAUUUUGCAGUAUUGAGUUCAUUACAAGUGCUUAUUGUCAGAUGAAUAAUGUUUAUGCAGAUUUUUCCCCAAAUGAGCACACCUUUAAUCUUGUUUUCCAUAAUCAUUAUUGUUAACAGUUUGUACUUUCAGAUACAAAAGGAAAUUUAUGUAGCUUGUUACACUGUUGAUAUAAUUCUAUUUUCAGACAUAUUCACAUUGGUUGACAUAAUUAAUGAGACUCAGAAAAAAUAGAUAUUUGAGAAGCAGGAGAAAUUCCUUUCACAUUUGGAGGGUCAGUCUAGGGAGGUACCUUCACAGACCAACUCUUACCUCCCUCCCUUCCUCUUGUGGGGGAAGGCAUUUAAGAGGAGGCUGUCUUUUAAGUUAUCAUGAUUUGUAUCCCAUAAAUGUGCUUUAUGAGAAGCAGUGUACUAUAGUGGUGGGAAGACCCAAUUGGCUUUGGGGUCAGGAAGACAUGAGGUCGCUUCCUGCCUCUGCCAUGAAGGGGGAAAGUCAUUAACCUAUCAGUGUCUCAAACAGCUGGAAGUGGCAGUAUCCUGAAGGGAGUUUUCAUACCAGGGGCCUUUACCAGUGAAAUCACAGGUCUGGGCUAUCCCCCCCAAAAAACUGCUUUAAAAAUGUCUUGUGUUUGCAAUGUUGAUUUAAAUUGACAUCUUUAGAUGAAAUGAAUCUUUAGAUUUCAAACUUGCUCCUUUAUAAAGCAGUCAUUAUGGAAGGAUGAGGAAAAACCAAAUCUAUUAGUCCUCAUAUUUUCACUUCCUUCCACCCCCACUUCCCUGACAGUAUGGGCCAGCUAUCAGCAGAUUCUAGAAAUGUGAUGUUGGACUGAUGUCCUGAGUUCUUGAUCCCAUCAUCUCUACAUCCUGGUCAGAAUCCUUCAUUGUCUGAACUCAAAUUUAUUAGAAUCCAUUUAUUUUGGGUGGAUGAAUACCUUUCUACUGGAAAAUAGUUUUGGGGAGGGGAAACCCAUCUUUAUUAAGGGAAAGUUUCCUGAAUGCCAUGUGACUGUUCUGCUAAUCUCUUUGGGUCUCAAGUUUCUUUAUCUACAAAAUGAACUAGGUGGUCAUUGGAUAAAGCUGCUGUUAUUUUUUUUUUUUUAACCAACAAAGAACUCCAUAGGAUUUGGCUCAUGUUUAAAA